AAGCGGAAGAAGAAGAAGAAGAAGAACAACAACCUAAAAGACGCAAGAUGGCGACUUCAGGCGAAAGCUUAAACAAUGGGGAAAUAAAAGAAGAAAUACAAGAUUCGGUUUUAAUUGACCCGGGUCAGUUAAACGUGAGAAUGAAAGAGGACCAGGACCGCGAGUUUACCGACCAGGAUCAGUACAGGAACGAGGUAAUGGAGGAGAAGUUGGACCUGUACUUUGUAGACCAGCAGCACUGCAGUAUUGGUGUGAAACAGGAGAGUCAGGAAUCGGAUGUUAUGAAUUAUGACCAGAACGUUGUAAAGCAGGCAAAGCACAGCAAGAGCGACAUUAAAGAAGAAACCCAAGAUCCGGAUAUCAGCGACCAGAACCACCGCAGCAGUGAAAUAAAUGAGCGGAAUCGGAACCAGGACAAUCGGAGCUACGACCCCACUGGACCCACAGAUAAACAGAAACCAAGAAGAACACAAGCUUCAAGACUGUAUCAGGAAUGUGAUCAAACCUUCAUCAGACCAUCAGGGCUAAAGAAUCAUCAGAAGAUACGCUCUGGAGAGAAAAUAUACUGCUGUGACCAUUGCGAAAAAGCAUUCUCUCAACACAGUCGUUUACUGGCACACCAACAUGUCCACACUGGAGAGAAACCUUACUCAUGUGAACAGUGUGUUAAAUCUUUCUCUCACCUCAGUAAUUUAGUAACACAUUAUCGUGUUCACACUAGAGAGAAGCCUUACUCAUGUGGAAAGUGUGGAAAAGUGUUUUCCAACAACAGUAAUUUAAUUACACACCAGCGUGUUCACACUGGAGAGAAACCUUACUGGUGUGAACAGUGUGGUAAAUCUUUCUCUCAACGCAUUCACUUACAGGCACACAAACGUGUCCACACUGGAGAGAAACUUCACUCAUGUGAACAGUGUGGUAAAGCAUUUUCCAACAGUGUUGGUUUACUGAGACACCAACGUAUUCACACUGGAGAGAAACCUUACUCAUGUCAAGAGUGUGGUAAAUCAUUUUCUGCCAGUGGUAGUUUACUGAUACACCACCGUAUUCACACUGGAGAGAAACCUUACUCAUGUGGACAGUGUGGAAAAGUGUUUUCUGACAACAGUAAUUUAGUGACACACCAGCGUGUUCACACUGGAGAGAAACCUUACUGGUGUGAACAGUGUGGUAAAUCGUUCUCUCAACACAUUCACUUACAGACACACCAACGGGUCCACACUGGAGAGAAACCUCAUUUAUGUGAACAGUGUGGUAAAGCAUUUUCCAACAGUGUUGGUUUACUGAGACACCAACGUAUUCACACUGGAGAGAAACCUUACACCUGUGAAGAGUGUGGUAAAUCAUUUUCUGCCAGUGGUAGUUUACUGAUACACCAUCGUAUUCACACUGGAGAGAAACCUUACUCAUGUGAACAGUGUGGAAAAGUGUUUUCUAACAACAGUAGUUUAAUGGCACACAAACAUGUUCACACUGGUGAGAAACCAUACUCAUGUGAGCAGUGUGGAAAAGUGUUUUCUAACAACAGUAAUUUAAUGGUACACAAACAUGUUCACACUGGUGAGAAACCUUAUUGGUGUGAACAGUGUGGUAAAUCAUUCUCUCAGCAUAGUAGUUUACUGGCCCAUCACCGUAUUCACACUAGACAUUACUUUACAUUCUCUCAUCAUAGUAGUUUAGUGUGUUCACAUUGGAGAAAAACCUUACCCAUGUAAACAGUGUUAAAAAGGUCAGGGACUUGCUAACACACCAACCACUGGAGAGAAACCUUUCUCGUGUGGACAGUGUGGAAAAGUGUUUUCCACAAGCAGUAAUUUACUGAGACACCAACAUGUUCACACUACAGAAAACCCUUACUAGUGUGAACAGUGUGGUAAAUCAUUCUAUUGUUUUAGUAGUUUAGUUCCACAUUACCAUGUUCAGACUAGAGAGAAGCCUUACUCAUGUGAACAGUGUGGAAAAGUGCAUUUAUGCUGGAAAGAAACCUUUAUGUGAACUGUGGAGAAGCAUUCUCCAGUAAGUUUAUAUGCCUUGUGGUUCAACAGAAGUAUAGUAAUAUUCUGCUAUAUCACAUGUCAAAGGAUCAAAGGGAACAAACAUUAAUGAUGAUGUCAGCACCAAACCAGAACAGUAGAAAAGGAAAACAAUCCUUGAGAAGAGAGUUCAGAGUGAGUGGAAGUUUUAAAAUAAGCAGAAAGGAAGAGGAGGAAAUUAGAGAGAAACUUACUUGGACAUGACACUGAACCUCAAGUUGUCCAAGAGGCUUCGGACGUUAUAACACCAUUCAAUGGUUCAUUAUCAGUGGAUAUCAGCCUAUACGUAUAAGCCGGUAGGUACCUACCUACGUACUGGCAGGGGUAAGUGGGUGCAGUAGGUCGCCGUCAUCAAUUCGUAAGGUUGGUUAAACUGGUGUAUAAAUGUGUGCGAAUGCAGUAUCAAAACACUUUGAGUACCUCUAAAUAGAAAACUGCUAUACAAGUGCAGGACCGUUGAACAUAUACACAUAUGAUUUCCUAACAAUGGAUACGAUUAUACCUUUUAUAGUAUAAUGUUUAUUUUUAUUUUGUUUGUAUUAGGCUGAAUGUCACAUUGUGGUGAACAGUUUUGCAUUUUGAAGAUAGUAGUGUUUUCAUAUUUUACUAAUUGACUUAUUUUGACUUUAUGUUCUUACUCAAUUAGCAUAGUGUUUUUAUUGAUGAUUUAGAUAACAUUUAGUAAUUAUGUGACAUUGUGCUAUUAAGUGCCAGUAAUUAUGUUCUAGUACAUUUUCUAGCUUGUAAACUAAAGUUGGAUGCUACAGGGCAAGAGUUAAGUCAAGUUCAGAAUCAGAAUCGUUUUUAUUCGCCAGGUUUGCACAAGACAAACAAGGAAUUGCAUCCGGUCUGACUCGUACCCUCAUACCAAAUAGUAAUUAUUUACAUAUCAAUUACAGUUAUGUACAUUAUUUGCAUGAAGGAAAUAAAGAAUAGAAUAAAAUAAAUUUAAAUUGCA